CAUGAUGCAUGCAUGUUGUAUUAUAUUAGUCAUUCAGCUGCUCUCCCUCUCUGGGGCUAUGGAGAGCGGCAUUGUGGGCGGUAAGAAAGCAAAGCCUCAUUCUAGACCCUACAUGGCAUCACUGCAGGUCGGUGGAAACCACACAUGUGGUGGGAUACUUAUUCGGGAGGACUUUGUCUUAACUGCAGCAAAAUGCAGAAAACUUCAGCAAAUGACAGUGGUACUUGGAGCACACGACAUAACAAAGAAAGAGAAAAGUCAGCAAAGGAUUGACGUGGAGUACCAUUCACAUCCAGAAUUCGACGGAUACGAUUAUGAUAUCAUGCUACUUAAGUUAAAAAAGAAAGCCACACUCAAUAAGUUUGUGAAGACCAUUGGACUACCUACGAAAGACGAGAAAAUUCCAGCCAAAAUCAAGUGUGAAGUUGCAGGUUGGGGCCGAACUGCCACAGCCAACAAAGAUCCAUCACAUGUACUGAAGGAGAACAAGGAGGAGAUACAAUUCAGCCCUGAAUGCAUCAAUAAAAUGGAAAAGGAAAUUUUGAACUUCAAGCCUAAUCGCAUGUUAUGCACCACAUUUACCAAAAAGAAGGGAGGGAUUUGUCAGGGUGAUUCUGGUGGACCACUUAUCUGCAAAUCUGAACUUUGUGGGAUAGCAGCUUUCACUGACAGUUGUGAUUGUAAUGAUCCCAGCUUUCCCCAUGGCUUCACUAAAGUCAGUUUCUUUCUACCGUGGAUUAAGGAAGUGAUGAAGCGAUUUGGGGAUGCUGAAUGAGCCAUAUAUGCUAUUUGGAGCCAAGAAUACUGCU